GGUUGGCAUUUCCUGCAUUUUUCGUUUGCUGACGAAUCGUUGAAGAUGCUGACUUUCAAGUUUCCCAUUGUAGUUUUAUUGACUGCGGUUUGUACUUCCGCACUUGGCGCCACAGAACGGAAUUUAGACACCUUUUCCAACAGCAGGAGCUCAUUUGUUCAACGCCUAAGAAGACAGGCAACCACUGAAGCUGCUCCACUUUCGACAGUAGCUCCGACAGCUGACACCACAACAGCAACGAAUGCACCCGAAUCUGAACAAUUCCCGUUGCCUCCUCCGGAACAAAAGGACCUCUCAAUUACAAAGGAAUUUCCUUAUCCGGCCGCCGGUUCAAUUCCUGAACCACCGGUACCGACAAAAGCAGGAAAUCGCUUUGACGCUCAAAGAUCUGGUCGCUUAGGAGACGGAGGUUUUCAAUCGGAUCGCAAUGCAGAACAAUUUCUUUCUAGCGUGCCGCAUAAAUUUCCCCUGCCUUUGCUGCCAAUUUUCCCGGAACUGGAAACACCCAUGCGGUUGAAGAGAUUGCUGGAUGACGAUUUGGAAGGUUGGCCCUUUGCAUACACGUCAGGAAUCCAGGACUCAAUUCCAGUAGCUAAAGCGAGCACAACAACACUUUCCGAGGCGGAUUCUCCAAAUUCAGCGGUCACAAUAGUUGUAGCCGCUAACGAGAAAGGGAACAUCCUUAAUAAUACCAAGGCACCAGCGAGUAUUUUAAUUAAAAUUUUAACUUAGAUUUUACAGAUAUUUCGUAACCAGUACCAGCUUUUUUGUGAAGUUUCCUGAUAACAGAAAAUAAAAAUUAAGCUUCUUCACUUUA